AGCCGGGAACACGAACACAAUGCACAUACAAAAUCAGCGGCAACAAACCAUACGUUCUUGUCAGUAAAUUUGGCUUUGCUCCGCAUUUUUGUAAAUUUUGCGGUGAAUUUUGUUUAAUUGUUGACUUUUCAAGUUUAUUUUCUAUUCAAAUUUAUUUGUAGUAAACUUUUGCAAAGUAUUCCGUUUCUGUACAGACAAUCUCUAUUCUUUUUCAUCUUUUGAGGUUAUCUUUGUUACUCAAAAUGCCGAGUGACGAUGAAGGAGUUCUUGAUUAUCCCUACAAAGCAGAAUAUGCAAAAAGUGGCAGAGCUUCAUGUAAAGGAUGCAAAUCAACAAUAGAAAAAGCCACUCUCCGUUUGGCUGUAAUGGUGAAGUCUCCAGUGUUUGAUGGAAAAAUGGCGCACUGGUAUCAUUUCAUGUGCUUUUUUUCCAAACAAAGACCAAAAUCAGUUGGGGACAUUGCCCACUACUCGGAUUUAAGAUGGGAAGACCAGCAAAAGAUUCAGAAUAAAAUCGCCGAAAGCGGGCCAGGAUCAGCAGUCGAUGAAAAGCCGGCUAAAGGAAAAGGAAAGAAAGCAACUAAAAGGGGAAAGCAGACAGCGGCAAGCAAUGAGUUGAAAGACUUUCUCGUUGAAUAUGCCAAGAGCAGCCGCGCUACCUGUAAAGGCUGCGAUGAGAAGAUUGUCAAGGAAGAAGUUCGUAUAUCUAAGAAAGAGUACGAGAGUAACGAAGCUAAGAGAUUUGGCGGCAUCCCACAGUGGCAUCAUCCAGAGUGUUUCAACAAAUUGAGAGCCGAGUUGGAGUUUUAUGCCAGUGGAGAUCAGUUGCCAGGCUACGACUCUCUCAGAGAUGAGGACAAGAAUAUGAUCAAAAAUCUACUGCCUAAGAUUGAUGUUAAAAAAGAAGACGCAGUCGAUGGUGAGGCUCCUGCGAAAAAAGCGAAAGUGGAGAAAGCAGAGGCGACCGUCAAUGAAGCUGAGUUGAAAAAGCAAUCGCAACUAUUCUUCAAGAACAGGGACCUGAUAAAGAUGGUCAGCGAAGAGAAGAAGAAAUUCCUACAGGAUUUACUGGAAUACAACAACCAGGAGAUACCUGCUGGAGUUGAUAGGAUGUUAGACCGUCUGGCAGAUCUGAUGUCUUUUGGAGUGCCAGCAGCUUGCACUAAAUGCAAGGGACAGCUGCUUUUCAAGACGGGAGUAGGAUAUGCUUGUCACGGAAAUCUGACAGAAUGGGUCAAGUGCCAGGAAAUAUACGAGAAACCCAAGCGAACCGCCUUCAAACUCCCCAAAGAAAUCAAGAAAAACUGUGCCGAAUUGGCGAAACUCAAAUUCAAGACGGCUGACAGACUGUUUGUUAAAAGUACACCCUCGACAUCUAGCUCUUCUUCCACAAAACAGGAAAAUGGAUCCGAGCCCAAAGUGAAGAGCGGCAGGUCCUAUCCCAUGAAAGGAAUGGAAUUCAUGAUCAGCGGUCUACCGAAAGAGAAGACAUCUUCACUGAAAAUUCAAGUUGAAAAGUUGGGUGGAAAAGUUGUGCCUAAAGCACAUGAAAAUUUGGCAGCUGUCAUCUCUACUGAAGGAGGUCUUGCAAAAAUAAGCGAAGACAAAAAAUCAUUCCUGGAAACUGAAGGAAUCCAAGUGGUUCCUGUUGAAUUUAUCGAUAAAUGUGCAAAAGGAGAUAUUUGUGAUCACAUUAUGGAGUCGUCGAUUGUGUCUUGGGGCAAAAAUCCCAAGAAACGUAUUGAGAAAACUCUGGAACAACACACGAAAUCACAGGCACUGAAGUCAGCAAAAAGCAUGUACUCGAAAAGUGGUUCUUCGAAGGUGAAAUUGAAAGUACAGGGUGGUACCGCAGUAGACCCCGACAGCGGCCUCCAGGAUGAAGCACAUGUCUACAAGUCGGGAGGAGACAUCUACUCUGUGGUGUUGGGACUCACUGAUAUUCAGAGAGACAAGAACUCGUACUACAAAAUGCAGAUACUGGAGUCCAACGAUAGCAAGAGGAAGAAGUAUUGGCUGUUCCGUUCUUGGGGUAGAAUUGGAACUUCCACUGGCGGCGAUAAGGUAGAAUCCUAUUCGGACUUGGACAAGGCGAUCUCCAAGUUCUCCUCGCUAUUCGAGGAGAAGUCCGGUAAUAUGUGGCAAACGCACAAGGAUUUCAAAAAAGUACCCGGAAAAAUGUACAUUUUGGACAUGGACUAUAGCGAUAACAAUCAGGAUGUUGAACUGAGCUCUCUAAAUGCCAGCAAUUCGUCUCUCAGUAAACCAGUCCAAGAGCUGCUGCUCAUGCUGUUUGAUAUAAACCUCAUGAAGAAAGCCAUGGUCGAAUUUGAGUUGGACCUGGAAAAAAUGCCUCUGGGUAAAAUCAGCAAGUAUCAGAUCUUGAAAGCCUACUCGGUGCUGUCGAAAUUACAAGGGUUGAUCGAAAAGAACGACGGUGAGCUGAAGGUGAACCAGAAGCCUUACCUCAUUGAAGCCACCAACCAGUUCUACACCCUGGUGCCACAUUUCUUCGGAGCAGAUAAACCCACACUGCUCGACGACAUUGAAAUGAUUAAGUCGAAAAUGGAGAUGCUAGACAGUCUGCUAGAGAUGCAGGUAGCCUACAGCUUCCUGUCUUCGGGCGAGGAGCAAGGCCAACACACAUUGGACGCGCACUACGGCCGGCUUAACGCUGACAUCGAGGCAUUGGAGCGAGCCUGCAAGGAAUUCGAGAUCAUCGAGCAGUAUGUCACCAACACACAUGCCGCCACCCAUCAGCAGUACAAACUAGAAAUUCUGGAUGUAUUCAAAGUGAUCAGGAAGGACGAAGAGAAACGCUUCAAGCCAUUCAAGAAGUUGCCCAACAGGAAACUCUUGUGGCACGGUUCCCGCCUCACCAACUGGGCCGGAAUUCUUUCUCAGGGUCUGCGUAUCGCCCCGCCCGAAGCCCCAACCACAGGUUACAUGUUCGGCAAAGGUAUCUACUUUGCUGACAUGGUGUCGAAAUCGGCCAACUACUGUAUGACGUCACCCGGCAACAAUGUCGGUCUAUUAUAUCUGUGCGAGGUCGCUCUUGGAAACAUGUACCACCGCUCCCACGCCGAUUACAUCGAGAAACUGCCGGCUGGUCACCACAGCUGCAAGGGAGUGGGCAGAACCGGGCCCGACCCCUCUAGCAGUGUUCACAUUGAGGACGGACUGGAAGUGCCCAUAGGGAAGCCGGUCGACCAGACCCAGCCUGGAAGCACCACCUCUCUGCUCUACAACGAAUACAUCGUCUAUGACCGCGCCCAGGUCAAGUCCAAGUACCUUAUCAAACUCAAGUUCAACUAUAACUAUUAGGAGGAUAAGAUCUUAGAUCCUUAAGAUCUUCAACACAGUGAUAACUAUUUGAAUGAGGAUAAAUUACAUUUUGAGGUACCGUUUCCAAUCAAGUACAAUUAUAACUAUAAGGAUGAUGAUUUAAAGAACUUGAGACCAGCGAUUACUUUUAAGAAUGAAGAUAAAUCUAUUAUAAAGGGUGUUUCAGAGAAACGGGAAAUUUUGAAAGUUGAAUAAUUUCAAGAAAAACAAAUCUUUGAAUAAAGUUUUUCAUAUCAUUCAAUAGUAAAAAUACUGCUAUUUUAGAAUAAAUAAUACCGUAACAUCUAUUUUUUGAAGAUGACUACUUCCAGGUAUGUUCAUUUUCUACGCAAACAUUCCUAUAGUCUCUUUUCUGUAUAGGG